AUGUUCCUUGUGCUGGUGGUGAUAUUGAUGUUGGACUGGGCGGCGAUAGUGGUGGAUAAAGUAGUAAUGGAGGUUGGGGUCAUGGUGGCGAUUCGUAUGAAUCCAAGUCUUUCGUGGGAUGGUUUUGGACAAACUGGGGCAUUUAUAAAUGGGUGGACGUCGGGGGUUGCAGCAGUUCUACAAUUCCCUUUAAGGUUCUUAUGGAGGAAUUGGUUGGUGUUAGAUCUUGCAUUCUUGGCGAUAUGGCAUCACGUCCUAAUUUCGGCCUCAAUGAGCUUCAAAAUCAAAAUGUCAACGUCACUAAUCGAAAAACACAGCUCUCGAAUGGAAUGGAGCUUAAUCCAUGUCUUCCAUCUUGGAACCCUCAUCAUCAUCACCUGCGUCCUCCAAUGCAGUCAUGUUAACAUCAUCCUCAUAAAUGCUCAAACCAAGUUUCAGCAUUCAGUGAAUCCAUUGCCAAAGGUGUUUGUUUCCUCAAGGCUGAAUCCAGAAGAAAGCAGAACAGUCUCGAACAGCAAUAUAACCAAGUCCUCUACAGACUCGUCAUUCUUGUCAACGACAAAAGGGGCUGAAGAAGGUGGUGGUGGACUACUGGUAGUAGGAUUGGGCAGGAUAGGGAAGGGUAUAAAGUAG